GACGGGUGGAUAGCUUCAAGAUAGUGAGUGACAUGACUGGGGCGUUGGGCAGAGGCCUGAUUUCGUGGACAUAUGAAACAAUCUGAGCUAGCUGACAGCGCGCAUUAAAAUGUAGUUUAAACAGUUGAUUGAUUGAGACAUUUCUUGCAUUUUUUUUAUUUCACACCAGACAACAAUGGAUCGAGUGAAAAACUCUAUGCAGCAAGUACCGAACGCUAUUCCCAAAGUGAUCCGACGCAGCGGCGGCGCGAACAGCCUGGAACUUGAGAAGGAGAACUUUGAGCGAGGCCAGGCUGUCAGCAUCAAUAAAGCCAUCAACACACAGGAGGUCGCCGUCAAAGAGAAGCAUGCUCGGACGUGCAUCCUGGGAACGCACCAUGAGAGGGGAGCCCACACCUUCUGGGCGGCGGCCAACCGCCUGCCGCUGUCCAGCCACGCCGUCCUCUGCUGGAAGUUCUGCCACGUCUUCCACAAGAUCCUGCGCGACGGACACCCAAACGUGAUUAAGGAUUCCAUGAGGAACAAGGCUGAUUUGACAGACAUGAGCAGAAUGUGGGGUCACCUCAGCGAAGGCUAUGGGAAGCUGUGCAGCGUCUACCUCAAACUGCUCAUCACCAAAAUGGAGUUUCACAUCAAAAACCCCCGUUUCCCAGGCAACCUGCAGAUGUCCAACAGACAACUCGAUGAGGCGGGAGAGAACGACGUUAACAACUUUUUCCAGCUGACAGUGGAGAUGUUUGACUACCUGGAGCUGGAGCUUAACCUCUUUCUUGGCGUCUUCAGUUCCCUGGACAUGUCCCGGUCCGUGUCGGUGACGGCGGCGGGCCAGUGCCGGCUGGCUCCUCUGAUCCAGGUCAUCCUGGACUGCAGCCACCUGUACGACUACACCGUCAAGCUGCUCUUCAAACUGCACUCAUGCCUGCCAGCAGACACACUCCAGGGCCACAGAGACCGUUUCCAGGAGCAGUUUAAGAAGUUAAAGAGUCUGUUCUACCGCUCCAGUAACCUGCAGUACUUCAAGAAGCUCAUCCAGAUCCCACAGUUACCGGAGAACCCUCCCAACUUCCUGCGUGCGUCGGCGCUCUCGGAGCACAUCAGCCCGGUGGUGGUGAUCCCGGCCGAGUCGUCCUCUCCAGAGUCCGAACACGUGGUGGAGACAGAGGACCUGGUGGACAUGGAAGUCCCCUCACAGCCGGCUGCCGUUGAAACCAAGUUUGAUGACCUGUUUGGCACCUCGGCCGCUACGGACCCCUUCAACUUCAACAGCCAGAACGGCCUGCGCAAGGACGAGAAAGACCGUCUGAUUGAUCAGCUGACCAGGGAGAUCCAGGCCCUUAAGGAUGAGCUGGAGUCUUUUAGACUGGAGAGUGGCCGCCUGUGCCAAGCGCUGCGGGGGCGUGUCAACGAGCUGGAGGCGGAGCUGGCGGAGCAGAGCCACCUGAGGAUGCAGGCGUCGGGGGAGAGCGAGUUCCUGCGGGCGGAGCUGGACGACCUGCGGCGCGUCAGGGAGGACACGGAGAAGGAGCAGCGCAGCCUCACUGAGAUCGAGAAAAAAGCCCAGGCUAACGAGCAGCGCUACACCAAGCUGAAGGAGAAGUACACAGGCCUCGUCCAGAGCCACGCGGAGCUGCUCCGAAAGAACGCAGAGGUGACCCGGCAGAUGACGGUGGCACGGGCUGCGCAGGAUGAGGUAGAGGAGGUGAAGAAGGAGAUGCAGGAGAUGGUGAAGGCUUCCCAGGAGGCUUCAGACACACAGGAGCAGCAGCAGCUGGAGCAGCUGCAGGCUCAGAGAGAGCUGGGCUCCAGCAGGGUGGAGCUGGACGCCCUGAAGACCACCAUGACGUCCUCCAGCAGGUGAUCAAGUGAAGCCCUGAGUGUGCAGCUGUCCACCCUGGAGACGGAGAAGACGCAGCUCGCCCAGUCCCUCACUACAAAGGAGGCGGAGCUCACUACCCUGGGGGAGGAGCUACAGCAGGCUCAGAGCUCACUGGCCAGCGAAAGGGAGAGUGGGGUGAAGACGGCAGAGUCCCUCCAGAACCAACUCAACGAGAAGGAGAGCCGAGAGCAGGCCCUGGAGAGCGAGCUGGGGGCGUCCCGCUGGGCCAGUGUCCAGGGGGCGGUGCUGGAGGCAGAGAAGAUCAUCCAGGACUCCCUGCUCCAGAUCCAUCACCCGGCCCACCUCAGCUGCACCAGCUCUGCAGACUACUUGGUAUCGAGAUGUCAAGCCUCUCUGGACUGCAUCGACAGACUGAACUCUGCCAGAGAGUCCUUCCUGGCAGACAGCACAGGAGGCUCGGAGCUGGUGCGCGCCGUGACUCAAUGUGGCCACCUGGUGGGCGACACCAUCGUCCAGGGAAGCGCCACCUCUCACAUGGUCCCGGUGGAGCAGGCGGAAGCGCUGUCGGAGAAUGUGAAGGCGUGCGGGGCCGAGGCCCUGGCCCUUCUGGGGCCCAUGCGGGAGCAGGAGACCCUGUCCUCCGCAGACGGCUCCAGGCUCCGGGACAUCCUGCAGGGCAUUCUGGCCACGGCUGAGAAACUGCGUCCUCGGGGUCUAGAGCUGCAGCAGGGGGAGCUGGGAGAUCUGGUGGAGCAGGAAAUGGCAGCGACUUCUGCCGCGGUGGAAUCGGCCGCUUCCAGGAUAGAGGAAAUGCUGAACAAGUCCCGGGCGGUCGACACCGGUAUCAAGAUGGAGGUGAACGAGAGGAUCCUGGCUUCCUGUACAGAGCUGAUGCAGGCCAUCAAGGCCCUGGUGCUGUCCUCCAAGGACCUGCAGAGGGACAUUGUUGAGAGUGGACGGGGGGCGGCGUCCAUGAAGGAGUUCUAUGUGAAGAACUCCCGCUGGACCGAGGGCCUCAUCUCCGCCUCCAAGGCGGUGGGCUGGGGGGCCACAGUCAUGGUAGAUGCAGCAGACCUGGUGGUGCAAGGCAAGGGGAAGUUUGAGGAGCUGAUGGUGUGCUCUCAUGAGAUCGCCGCUAGCACUGCGCAGCUAGUGGCCGCGUCCAAGGUGAAGGCGGACAAGGACAGCGCCAACCUGCAGCGCCUGCAGCAGGCCUCGCGGGGCGUGGCCCAGGCCACCGCCGGCGUGGUGGCCUCCACCAAGUCGGGGAAGUCUCAGAUCGAGGAGACCGAUACAAUGAACUUCACCAGUAUGACGCUCACCCAGAUCAAACGGCAGGAGAUGGACUCACAGGUGCUGGUCCUGGAGCUGGAGACCCGGCUGCAGAAGGAGCGCGAGCGGCUAGGCGAGUUGAGGAAGAAGCACUACGAGCUGGCCGGGGUGGCAGAGGGCUGGGGCCAGGACGACCAAGGCACAGGUUGACCCCUGACCCCGUAUUCAACCGCAAGACUGGCCUUUCUUCCCCUGCUUCCAUGUAUACACAGGCUCGACUUCCCCCUUUUUCUCUCUGUUUUCAUUUCAAGCCAAAAAGAAGGGUGCAUCUUUACUGCCCCUGACCAGAGAGGUUCAGAGACCAAUGAGGGUUGGAACAGGGUGGGGGGGGGGGGAGCAGGGGGCAGUGGUGCUGAAUCAUGUGAGAGGAGAAAGGCAUUAUGGCGUCACUCCCACCCACCCCCACCAGGACUAUUCAAAAGCGGUGUGUUGUGCUCACACGUUACUAGCACGUUUUUCAUUUUCUUUCAAAAUGGCCGAGUGCCACCGAAAAGACUUCAUGAGCACAAGUUUCAAUUCCAAGACAUCCCAAGAUGCAUUGCACAAAGGGCCAGACCCUCCCCAGCAAUGAGGAGAUCAGUGACAAAUUGUUUUUGUCUUUCCCUUUCAAUACUGCUCCUACUACAGCUAAUACUACCAGUAAUACUAAUUCUAUUACUAUUUCACUAUAACCACGACCACGUAGCCGUUUGAAUAACAUGCACGUUUUCUACCUAAACUCUCUUCCGUUUCGAUGUCGUCCGGUUGUGAAACAUUGUGCGUUGUGCCACAUCCGGUGCUGACCCCUGUUGUUUUCAAUCUCCUGGUUCUAGACUUGGACUUGACCUAUGACACUUGACCUUCGACCUUUACUCUAGUCUCUUCCUGCGCUCUCCUCACUGUGAGCCGUUUGUACUUCUUGGACCCGGACCCACCCAGCCUAUAGCGCCCGCAGCACUGUUUCUGGAUCCUCGCCUGGUCCUCCUCAUGAUCUACCAUGACUGCUAUUUCAGCCGACUGUUUUAUGGUUUUGUUUUUGUACCCACAUUGAGGCGAUCCUAGAAAUCCUUUUUCAGGAAAUCCUUCUUCUCUCGAUGUCUCUUUCCCGACAGCAGCGUUAAAAAUAGCAGAUGAACUCUCAAACUGUGGCUCGUAGACACUGAUGUACGACAUUUCAGUUUUAUUUCUCUCUCUGUUUUACUGAAAACGAAUAAGGAGAAGAAGGACAUGGUUGAAGUGAGGACUGUAUGCCUUAUUAGGCACAAAUCUGUGGCGGGACUAAACUCAAGGCUCCACAUUUGAUAUUGGAGCAUUUAUCAAGAGUUUAGUCCGGUUGGCUCCAUGGACCUUUCUACACAAUCUGCAGUUAUAGUGUGAAAAAACAAAACAAAGGUCAUAAACAUGGAUCCACACUGACUACCCAGGUGGCAUGGCGUCCUAAUGUUGUGUAUAAUUUAUUUUAUUUACUGGAAAAAAGUUUUGAGUAUUAACCUUACUGUCUGCAAAACCAUCCUGGUAAUGACAAUUUAGGAUAUGACGAGACAUGAUUAUUAUAGCUUUUGUUAUUUGAUUUUUUUUUUUUAUUGAAUAUGAAUAAUUCAGAGGCCUGAAGAUAUAGCUAACAUGCAUUACAAAAAAAAAUCCCCGAAUGUAAUGCAUUCAAUAUAUUGUACCUUCAAAUAUUAUAAUAUUGACAUUUUCCCCAGUUUCUACAUAAUCUUUUUCGUCAUUUCUUUUUUGUAUUUUUUAAUAGUUUUUUUUAUUAUUUUAAUUGGCAGAUAAUGAAAUGGCAAAUCCUUAAAUAAUUGUCUGCAUUACCAGGAUUUAUUAUCAAUACUCCAGCCUUUAACUGUAGCUUCCAAAAGACCAAGUUGCUGUGUGUAUUUUAUAUAUUUCAUCACACACAUCGCAUCUUUAAUCAAGUUGUGGUCUUUCGCAUUCAGUUGCUUUUAAGAAAAGGCAAAACAUUUAACAUUCUUAGUCGAUUUAAGUAGCCUCCUGGGCAUAUACGAGUUGUCUUCUGUUGAUUGCAGUUGGUAGUUUCUGCCACCAGGGGGUAGUGUUUCUUCGAGUUACUAGACUUGGAAACAUAGCUUCGAGUGUUCAUCAGAUUAUGCUGCUAUUCAAUGCCGAGUUUGACACCAUGAGUUUUUAUGGAAACUGGGAUGAGAAUUGAUUCAUUAAGCCCACUAGCUGUGGGUACUAUCUAUACGACGAUGAAGAAGACGAUGACUUUGAUUAAUAUACUCACAGAGUGUGUUUUUCCUGUGUCUUGACAUUGUAGUAGUGCUCUUGCUUCCGUCGUGUUUUUUUAAAAGUUGUGACACUGGGUAUUUAACAGACCACGGUCAAACAGUCUUUUGGUAAUACUUCUAAUAGUCACCUGGUUGAGUUGAAACUAGGUUGAUGUUUCUUCCGACAAUACACUUCCGAGAAAGUCAAUCAGAAAUGGCCCACGUUGAGAAGUAAUUGAAUUGAAAUCAAUGAAAUGAAAACAAUAAAUGGUUAUAUUUAAAUAUUUUAAGUUCCCUACUUGUAAAAUCGGAACCUUCCCAUCAUAUGUUCAACACUAUAACUGUGUGUGUGUGUGUGUGUGUGUGUGUGUGUGUGUGUGUGUGUGUGUGUGUGUGUGUGUGUGUGUGUGUUUAAAAUGUUCCUAUUUUUUUCAGUUGGACCCGAGUGAUUCUUAGCUGGUUUUAUGAUAUAUUGCAAUAGAAAAUAUCUGAAUGGUGUAUGAUUUUAAAAUGCCAUGUGGUCUAUUUUUGCAGUAUUAUACAGUAAGUGUCUGUUUAAGAUGCAUUAAGCACAUCUCUAGUCAAACGAUUUGAUUCUGUCUCUCCUCUCUCGUUCUCUCGUUCUCUCUCUCUCUCUCUCUCUCUCUCUCUCUCUCUCUCUCUCUCUCUCUCUCUCUCUCUCUCUCUCUCUCUCUCUCUCUCUCUCUCUCUCUCUCUCUCUCUCUCUCUACCUCUCUCUCUCUCUACCUCUCUCUACCUCUCUCUACCUCUCUUUUUCUCUCAGCCUCUCAUGUUUGUAGUCCUUCACCUUCAGCCAGCCUUUCAACUGCCUCACACUGUAGUCAAGGAGAAACUAAUAACGCAAUUAAUACCGUUUCAAAUAUGUCUUUGUAUGAUAUACUAAAAAAAACUUUGUGGGUCUGUUUAUAUUAUUAUCUCCGUUUUGAAAUAAAUAUUUCAACUCAAUUAAUA